CGUGUUUGCUGGGAGGAGAGAUGACUGCUAUGGGUAGGGGUCUGCAGGGUGGAGGGGUGGCUGAGUAGAGAUGCACAGGGGUCCCUUGUAUGUCUUGUCUGACACGUGGGGCCUUGCUGAGCCUGGGGGCUCAUUUUGGGUGUAUGGGAGAGGUAUGGUUUGCCUUGAAGGUCCCUGGGCACCUGGACUAGUGGAGGCAGGCUCCUGGAUGGCUCCCUCUCCAGGUAGAUAGUCCAGGCAGGCCCACGUGGAUCACUCCACCCCUUCCCAUGGCUGAGGGCUGCCCCCUCUAAAUAUAGCCCUUUGGGCUGAGCUCAGGCCUAUUUUAGGCCAAGGCUGGGAGGCAGCCAGACCUUCCCCGGGCUCUCAAAGGAGCCACUGCUGUCUUUGUCCAGUCCUGCUACUGGAUGCCAUCAUCGGCCCCUGACUGCCCACUGCUUGCCAUGCCUGAGGAGACCCAAGAAGACUCCAUGGCACCAGUGAUGCCCAGCCAGAGGAGCAGUGGGGCACUGGCCCCCAACCAUGUGCAGGAGGUGCGCCUGCACCGUGUGGAGUCCAUCAGCGACCUACACAGCGGAGGCACACUGCGCCCCUAUCUGACUGAAGAGGUACGGCCAUGGGAUGAGCUGCUGGGUGUUUUGCCGCCGUCGCUGUGUGCCCAGGCUGGCUGCAGUCCUGUGUACAGACGAGGGUUCCUGCUGCUGCUCACGCUGCUGGUGCUCACCUGCCUGGCACUCGCACUCCUGGCUGUCUACCUGAGCGUGCUGCAGAGUGAAUCCCUACGCAUCCUGGCACACACACUGCACACGCAGGAGGAGACGCUACUCAAACUCCGCCUGGCCAGCCUCAGCCAGCUUCGGAGGCUCAACUCCAGUGAGGCCCAAGCAGCACCCUGCUGAUGCCACUUGGAUCUGGGGCCUGGGGGUGUGUGUUGGGAGGAAUAAAGUGGCUAUGGGCAGGUCUCUCCUUCCCUA